AUGGUUCGCCCUGCACUCCUACUAGUGUUCUCCGAACCAGGUCCUGAUGUGACACUGUCUGAAUUCCAUGACUGGUAUGACGGGGAACAUGUCCCUCUCAGAGUCAAUACUCCCACCUUCCGCACAUGGGAGCGUUGGGAGCAAGCAGAUGGGCAGAAGCCUUCAUGGGCGGCAAGCUAUGACCUGGAAAGUUACGCAGCGAUGCAGGAACGGCCAUAUACCACGUUGGCGGAGACGCGCAGCGAGCGAGAGAAGGAGCUGCUGAAACGCGUGCAGCUACUGGAUAGGCGGACCUACGAAGCCUACGAUGCGCACACGAUGCCAGCCCCGUCGAACCUCUACGAUCCUGGCAUUUCAGCCCCCAUCGUGGUAUUCGUAUCGAACGAGAUCAAGUCGGAGGACGAGGCGGAGUGGAACCGGUACCAGGACGAGGAGCACAUCCCGUUGCUAUCGAAGGUGCAUGGGUGGAUCAGGAGCAGGCGGUUCGUGCUGAAGGAGUCUGGACGGAUGGGGGUCGACGCAGAGAGCACGGCAGAGCAGGAACCGCCACCGAAGUAUCUCACCGUCCACGAGUGGGCGUCGCAGGCGGCGUUUGAGACGGAAGAGUACAAGAAAGCGAUGGAUACGGCAUGGCGGCAGAAGAUCAUGCCGAGUGUGGUGGCACGAGAGCGGAGGGUGUUCAAGUUUCUGCGGCGGUGGGACAGAGACUAG